GAUGAAUGUCCUGUUUCUCCACAUACUGUCAGGAUGUUGCACUAUCAUGGUUCCAUUCAUCUUCACAGGUGCUACACAGAAUGCUCACGCAUGCUCACAGAAACCCUGGCGAGAAGCCUUCAGAGGAUUCACGGUCAGAAAACAAAAUCGCAGAAUUUUUUUUGUUAUUAACGAUUUGAGGUUCCCAGUUUCUGGACUGGAUUCGAUCUCCAACACACCCCGCUGCAGAGGAUUAUGUCAUUUUCUAAACGGGACAAAUUUGCUCAUUUUAUUGUUUGUUAUUUGCUGGCGAUGCUAACGAGAAGCACAAGACAGUGGCAUGACCUGGACAACACGGAGUAUGAUUGCUGGCCUUUGGAAAACCCGCAUGAAUACAACAUGAUCGACUGUGGAGGCCUGGAAAUGGCAUGGGUGCAGAGACCCUCAGAGAAGGUACUUAGUGGUGAAGAAUUUAAUGUGACCUAUGCAGUAACUGUAACGGAUCAUUUUUAUCACUGGGCGGUGGCAAAUAACAUUCUGUUACACAGCAACCCAACAGAAGCCAAAGCUUUCUGUGAGGAGAAGGAGUGUCCCUUGAACUGGAAGAAUGCCAAUGAAGACAACUGCUGUGUGCACCAUGCCAACAUCCACUCCUGCCCACUCAAUUUUAUGGUGAAAGGAGGAAUUUGUGGACCAUGGAUCCCUGAUGAUGGUCAGAUAGUUACCCACACCAUAUCUACAGCAGGGAAAAUGAGCCAAAUCAAUUGGACUGCCAAGGUGGUCCUUGUCCAUCUUGGUGUAACUUCCCUAAUAGCACACAUCAAGGUUGGUCGAAUGCAAGCUGCAUUGGAGGCUAAAACCAUGGUACUACCUGCAAAAGUGUGUGGAGAUGAUAACUGUGAUAAGGAUGAAACAUGCUCCACAUGUCCAGCUGAUUGUGGUGACUGCACCUCCACCAUCAAAAUUGCCAUCAGUUUGCCCAUCUCGUUGGCAUGCGUCGGCUUCAUCCUCACGGGUGUGUGGUUUCAGUAUCAGAAGCAAAAGAUGUUGUGGGAUGAAAGCUGGAUCAUUGACUUCAAUCAAAUUAAGCAAGAUCAUACCAUGAUGGGCAGCUUGGGUAGUGUUCCCAAUGGAGCCAGUGAUUCCAAUGCCAGCUGUAUCACCACAAUGAGCUCUUGUACAGGACCACUCACUGCAUCCAGAAAACAGCACUUUACACAGACAGGCUUAUUUGAUGGGCGGACUGUUGCCAUUAAGAAAAUAAAGAAGAGAACUUUUGCCCUUUCUAAAGCCAUUCGCAAAGAAGUGAAACUCAUCCGUGAACUUGAUCAUCCAAAUCUCUGCAAAUUUAUCGGAGGAUGUCUUGAAGUUCCAAAUGUAGCGAUAAUAACAGAGUACUGCCCCAAAGGAAGCCUGAAUGAUGUCCUUCUCAAUGAAGACAUCCCAUUAAACUGGGGUUUCAGAUUUUCCUUUGCCACUGACAUUGCCAGAGGGAUGGCUUAUCUUCACCAGCGUAAAAUCUACCAUAGCAGAUUAAAAUCCACCAAUGCAGUGAUUGAUGACCGUUGGGUUUGCAAGCUUACAGAUUUCUGCUUGGCAAUUUACAGAAAGGAGGACGUUGCGGAUCCGCCUGCAAUAUACCAACAGAAGUUGAUUGAAACAUACUUACCACCUGAGGCCCAGAUGCCAAACUUCGAACCAACCUUUGCUGCAGAUGUGUACAGCUAUGGCAUCAUUCUGCUAGAAAUUGCAACCAGAAGUGACCUUGUACUGAAGGAAGAUGCAAAUUCUACUGAAUAUAGCCGGUGCCUUCCUUUACCAGAAUUGAUAAGUGGAAAAUCAGAAAAUGCCUGUCCUUGCCCUGCUGAAUAUGUCAUGCUGAUUAGGAAAUGCCAGCUGAAGAAUCCAACCAAUCGGCCUACAUUUGAACAGAUAAAGAAGUACCUGCACAAAAUUAACCCCAAUAAAGUCAGCCCUGUAGACAUGAUGAUGACCCUGAUGGAGAAAUACAGCAAGCACCUGGAAACCCUGGUUGCUGAAAGAACACAAGACUUGGUUCACGAGAAACAGAAAACAGAUCGUUUACUUUACAGUAUGCUGCCAAAACAAGUAGCUGAUGACCUAAGGCAAGGAAUCACUGCUCAAGCUCAGAACUAUGCUAGUGCAACAAUAUUCUUCAGUGACAUUGAAGGCUUCACACAGUUAUCGAGUACAAGUACACCAUAUCAAGUUGUAGAAUUGUUAAACAAAUUAUACACAACAUUUGAUGAAAUUAUUGACAAUUAUGAUGUCUACAAAGUAGAAACUAUAGGAGAUGCAUAUAUGGUAGUUUCAGGAGUGCCAAAAGAAAAUGGCAUUGAUCAUGCAAGUGAGAUAGCAAGCAUGGCUCUGGAUUUGGUUGCCGUGUGUAACACUUUCAAAAUUCCACACAAGCCACAGACAAAACUCAAGAUCCGAGCUGGAAUCCACUCAGGACCUGUAGUUGCUGGUGUGGUUGGGACAAAAAUGCCUCGCUACUGUCUAUUCGGUGACACUGUAAACACAGCUUCAAGGAUGGAAUCAACAAGUCAAGCACUGAAGAUACAGUGCAGUUCCAGCACCAAUAGUCUACUGGAGCAGAUCGGAGGAUAUGUUUUAACAUGUCGUGGCACAUUACAAAUAAAGGGAAAGGGUGACAUGGUGACUUACUGGCUUGAAGGGAAACAAAGUUCAUCAUCCAGCACCUCAGAGAAUACACCGACAAACUCACUGUUGAACAAUGUGCAGCCAGAAAACAUCUGCUCCAUGCCAGACUCCCAGAAAGAAGCGUAUAGUGUCAUUCCUGGUGUGUUGAGCAAUGAUCUUCAAUUUAAUUCCUGUUAGCCCCAAAAUCUAUAGUGUUAGACCAGUAAAUAGAAUUAUUUAACUAUUUUAAAAGUUGAAUACAGUUUUUUUGAAGUGAAAGAUUCUUGCCUUUGUAUGUUCAACAAUUCUAAGUGUUAACUAAAGAAAUAAACAGUUGGCAACUUGUUUAGAUUCACGCAAACAAGGAGCUUGCACCAUUGGUAGCCAUGUCAUAAGGAAAGGCUUGCAUUUCUAUAAAGCUCAUGAUGACCUCAGGAGAUCAAAACUUCUUUAUAGCCAAUUAAAUAAUUUUGAAAUGUAGUCCCUCUUGUAAGGAAAACCACGUGCAAUGUAAUAAUGAUCAGACAUUUAGUGGUGUUAGUAAGGAAUCUAGGGAAAACCCCUUGCUUUUUAACAUUGAAAAUGUGCUGCAGGACCUUUAUGUUCUAUCUGAGAGAUUUGACUCAGUUAAACAUCUCUUCUAAAAGUUAGCAUCUCCAACAAUGCUUUGGUGCUGCACUGAAGGAUCAGCCUAGAAUUUGUGCUGAGGUAUCACUAGGGAGAUUUGAACUCUCAACCUCUAUUUCAGAAACAUGAGUAUACUGUCUGAGCCAAGGCUGAUAUUGUCAAAUAAGUCAGUGUAGUCAGCUGCAGAAGUUGAGCAACAUCUAGGGCACAUCUGUGAGGUUGACAGUUUCAUAGAUACAUGUUCAAGAAUGUGCUCACCUUCCAGUGGAGGGUAAGGAGACUGAGAGGAAAUGGGUGACCAGCAGACUGUCCAGCAGAAACAGGCAGGUAAUGCAGGGGUGCCCUGAGUGCAUGGCCCUCUCCAAUCAGAAUUCACUUUUGAAUAUUGGUGAAAGUGAUGGUUCAUUUGGGAAGUGCAGCAGAACCAGGCCUCUUGUGCUAUGGCUGGUUCAGUCGGAGAGAUGAGCAUGAAUGAGGCUGGAAGUGCAAUAGUGACAGGAACUUUGCUAGCCCUAGUAAAACAAACAGCCAUUCCUUUAUGCAGUCAAGGAGAUUAAUCUGGGGUGUUAUGUUGCCUCCCUGGUGCCAGAGCCAAGGAUGUGGCAAGUGGAAUACACUGAGCAGGCAGUGUAUGUGAUCCACAUCGAAACCAAUAGCACUUGUAGAAAGGGGGCUGUGGUUCUGCAGUUGGGAUUUAUGGAGGUGGAGAGGAAAUUAGCAAACAGGAUUUCAAAAGUAGUGAUCUCCAGAUUAUUCCCAGUACCAUGUCCAAGUUCCAUGCAGAAAUAGGUGGAUAGAAGAUAUGAAUAAGCAACUAGAAAAAUUUUACUAGCAGGAGGGCCUUAGAUUCCUGGAUGUUGGGAUCAACUUGGUGAGAGAUUAGACCUUGACAGAUCAACAGGUUGUUAAUCAACAGGGCACUUCCUUUGCAGGGUGAUUUGCUAGUCCUAUUCAGGAAGGUUUAAACUAACUUGGCAGUGUUGUGGGCACCAGAUAUUUAGAUCAGAGAGGAAUACCAAAUCUCACAUUAUACUGGAAGAGAUGGAUCGCAUUAGAGUUGGAAACAGUAAGUGAUUAAAUGGUUCAGAAUAAGGGCGCAAGUGAUAAAAUAUAAUUUAGGGUUACUGUGCAUGUACAUGAAUGUGUAGAGUGUGGCAAAUAAAAGUGGUGAGCAGAAGGCACCAAGGAAAAUAUGAGGUAGUUACAUCGAACAUGACUUAAAGAAUGGCAGGGCUAGGCAUUAAAUAUGGUAAAAACAAUAACUGCAGAUGCUGGAAACCAGAUUCUGGAUCAGUGGUGCUGGAAGAGCACAGCAAUUCAGGCAGCAUCCAACGAGCAGCGGAAUCUCCUGGAUGCCAUGGUUUUCAGAAAGAGCUGAAAGAAAAGUAAGUGGGAGAGGUGGCUGCAUUAACUAAGGAGAAUACUGCAGUGCUGGAGAGAAAGGAUGUCCCAGAAUGGUCAAGGCAGUAUCUAUUUAACUAGAGAGGAGAAAGUGAGG